UGAGCAUGUACCAUGUUCAAAGUUAGCAUUUUUACCAACUUUAUUCAUAUUUUCAUGGCAAAAAGCAUUUAAUGUACCAUUUGGAGCUGUUGCUGUUUCAUUGUUAUUUCUAAAAAUGUUCAUUUGUGAUGUUGCAAGCAAUUUAGCCAUCACAGAUAUAUUCACCUUGACCCUUGAAAUACCUUCUAGUGUUUACAGAGGCAAAGAAAUGUUAGGGAUCAAGGAUUCAUUUCAAAAAUAUGUAGUUUGCGAAAAGUGUCAUCAUUCAUAUGAAAUUGACAAUAAUUUGACUUUAAGGCAAGAUGGCUCCAGAGUUUCCC